AUGGAGCCUGCAGAGAUUAUAGCGUCUGUGAACCGGGAGAACACCGAGUUGCAGAACCAAAAUGAUCGACUUCUUGGCAAGAUUAAAGAAAUUCAGACUCAACUUUCUGAAGCGCAUACGCUAAACAACAUGUUCCAACAUACAUUCCAAGCCCAAGCUUUCGAGAUUUACACGGCUGCUGAGACAAUCAACAACCUCCACCAUCAUAUCGACUUUCUACAAAGUUAUUUAGCUCACGUCGAACACCAAUCAGAGCAAGCAAUGCUUGCAUGCAGGCAGACGACCGAGUAUUAUGAACGAGAAAUUGCAGCCGGAAGCUGGUCGCGUCACCAGUGGAGCCAGGAAGCGGCAAACCUCAGUUCCAGCGCAAGGGAUCUCCACCACAGUGCCUUCGCCAACUUCAAGGCUAGCAAUACAAGUGACGAACAGAAAAAGGACCUCAUACAGAAGAUUAUGGAAAUCGAGUCUACCAUUUUGUUGAAAGAAAUCGAGAAAAACAACCUUAAGCAUACCCUUGAGGAUAACCGAGCUCGCCUAAAGAAGGUUUGCAUCACAUCUUCUAAAAUGAUCGAGACUCGGAACGAGUUGAAUCGCAAACUUGCUGAGACAAACGUAAUGCUUCGUUCGAAGGCGGGAAAGAGCGCACACGCUCUUCGCAUAGCUGAGAAAGAAAAAGAAAGCUUGCAAAAGAAGAUUGAGGAUGCGGGGGAGGAAUUACAAAAAUGCCGAGAAAUAGAAGAGCAACUGAACAAGGCUAUCGAGAGGGAGUUACAACUUCAGCGCGAAUGCCAGCUUUCACUUGCCGAGGUAGAAAAUUUUCGAAUGUCAAAUGACUUCUACAAGCAUGAGGAUGCAAAUCAGACGCAGGCUAUUACUAGUUUAAAGAGAUUAGUAGCAAAUUUGCAGAAGACGGAGCGGAAAGAAGGAUACACCAAAAUCAUCGCCAACUACAAGGCUGAUAUUGGGCGGCUUGUUGCGAACCAGACCCAACUAGAAGAGGAGAUUCAAAAGCAAAAAUGUAUCGUCACCAAGUCUUUAGCAAAGAUGAUGGAACAAGUCGAGAUUACGAAAGAGGCAAAGAAGGAGGCGGCUGCUUAUAGAGGACAUGCUCUUGCCACAACCCACUCACUGCUAGUCAGCCUAUCGCACACGAAGUUCGAAGUCGCCAUAAAAAUUGUCGAUAAUGUUUUCGAAAGGUUAAAAGAUAUCGAUUCUAAGGAAAAGGCAACACGAGCGAUUCACACCAUCAAUGGCUAUCUUGAACGGCAAUCCAAGACGAUCGACGACUACACUGCGAAUGUAAUAUCAAGCAGUGCUGAGGUACGAGAACUAAUAAGAGAUCUUCAGAAUCAGACUCCAAAGGAAGCAAAGCCACAUGAGUUGAAAGACUUCAUUGCGUAUGUACGAGGGUUGCAGCAUAGGCUUGAGGGAGGCUGUGUAGAAGAUGAGCAACCUUGA